UCACAGCCAGUCUGUUUUUGUUGAUAGCGUCAGCAGCCGCACACGAGGAAGACGGUGUUUAAUAAAUGAGGAAUUGAUGCUUAUUUAAACAGUAACGAUAAUACAGUCGUGUUGGAAAUACGCUGUACAUUGAAAAUGGGAAGACUGGGACACUUAUUUAUAGUUUUAUUCUUUCACAUUGCAUUUGGUGUGGAUUUCCAAAUGGAUCCAGGAUCCGCGCACCGGGCGCAUGUGAGGACUCCUGUUUCCGCGAGAAGUCUUAUCUGGACGGAAUCGGAUGCAGAUAUUGCUCUUCUCCAUCAUCACAUUCAGAAAAGAAGCGCUGAUCCUGGAUCAGAUUCCUGUAAUGGUUUGCAGGGAUAUGAUACCAAAUUAAAAAGCAAUACGCACAAUUGGACUUUCCCUGAUAUCAGUGGAUCGGUGUCUUUGGCCUGGGUAGGGGAUGGAACUGGGGUUGUGCUGGCCCUGACAACAUUUCAGGUGCCACUUGUCUUCUUGAGAUUCGGUCAGUCUAACCUCUAUAGAAGUGAAAACUAUGGAAAGUCAUUUCAGGAUGUUACAGAGCUCAUCAACAACACCUUUAUCAACACUGACUUUGGGAUUGCUAUCGGUCCUGAAAACUCUGGCAAGGUUAUCCUUACAGGUGAUGCAUCCAGAGGCAAUGGUGCCAGAAUUUUUCUUUCAAAAGACUUCGGGAAGACAUUUAUCCACACGGAAUUGCCCUUCCACCCGCUAAUGCAGAUAAUGUACAACCCUAAAAUCUCUGAUGUGCUUGUGGCCAUCAGCAACAAGAAUGAUCUCUGGAUCUCUAAAGACUUUGGUGCAACAUGGACGAAAAUUCAUGAGAUGGUGUGUGUUGUGAAAUGGGGAAUAGAUGCUCUGUUCUUCUCUGCCAAUCUUAACGGAUCCUGUUAUGAUAGAGGGAUGCUGGUCCUGAGGAGGUCAGUUGACCUUGGCGUCAACAUUAAGACAGUCGCUGAAAGGAUCUACUCCUUUGGGAUCGGUGGACGCUUCCUGUUCAUUUCAGUUAUGACUGGAAGCGUAAUGGAGUCAACAGCAGAGGAGAUAAUGCGUUCAAUACACGUAUCAGGAGAUCACGGUGAUUCGUGGAACAUGGCCCAACUUCCUCCAGUCAGUCAUGAGCAGUUCUACUCGAUACUGGCAGCCAAUGAUGAAAUGGUCUUCAUGCAUGUGGAUGAACCAGGAGACACUGGGUUUGGCACUAUCUAUGUGUCAGAUGACAGGGGCACUGUGUAUUCUAAGUCUCUAGAGCGCCAUUUGUAUACGACCAUAGGUGGCGACACAGAUUUCACGAACGUAACUUCACUCAGAGGAGUUUUCACUACUAGUGUCCUGGCUGAGGAUGGCUCUGUGCAGACAGUAAUAACAUUUGAUCAGGGUGGAGAAUGGGUUCCUUUGAAGAAACCGGAGAACAGCCAGUGUGAUUCUGCAUCCAAAGAUAAAGAGAUGUGUAGUCUGCAUAUCCAUGCCUCAUACAGCACCUCCAUGAAGCUAAAUGUUCCCAUGCUGCCUUUGAGUGAACCCAAUGCUGUUGGACUCAUCUUGGCUCAUGGCAGUGUUGGUGAUGCGAUGUCAUUGUUGACUCCUGAUGUGUUUGUAUCUGAUGAUGGUGGCUAUACCUGGCUGCAAGCUCUGAAGGGUCCACACCACUAUGCUAUUCUGGACUCAGGAGGCCUGUUGGUGGCCGUGGAACACAAUACAGCCAUACCCAUCUCUGAGAUCAAGUUUUCUACCGAUGAGGGGCAAUGUUGGCAUGUUUAUAAGUUCACCCAGACGCCGAUGUACUUCACAGGGCUGGCCUCAGAGCCUGGCGCCCGCUCAGUGAACGUCAGUCUCUGGGGUUAUGAAGAUGCUUUGAUCAGCCACUGGGUAACUUACACCAUUGACUUUAGAGACCUGCUGACUCAUAACUGCACCGCAAAUGAUUACGUCCAGUGGCUGGCUCACUCUGAUGACAUCAGCGACCCGGAAGAUGGCUGCAUGCUGGGUUAUAAGGAGCGCUUCCUUCGUGUGAGAAAGGACUCAGUUUGCUGGAUUGGCAGGGAUUAUGUAGUCACCAAGCAGCACACGCCAUGUCGCUGCACGCUGGAUGACUUCCUGUGUGACUUUGGAUACUACCGUAAAGAGAACAGCUCAGAAUGUAUUGAACAGGCUGAUCUCAAAGGCCAUGAUUUGGAUAUCUGCAUCAAUGGCGAAAAGGAACAGCUACAGACCAGCGGGUACCGAAAGAUUCCGGGUGAUAAAUGUGAAGGAGGGCAACAACCAGAAAGAAAAGUGAUUGACCUGAGGAAGAAAUGCAUCAGCAAUCUGCUGGAACCUCAACAGCUGACAGAUAAACCUACCUCACAUAAUGCCCCAGUCAUUGCAAUCGUCACAGCCGUCCUGCUUAUCAGUGUAGUGUUUGGGGUUCUCUUUGUAAAGAAAUAUGUCUGUGGUGGAAGGUUCCUGGUGCACAGAUACUCAGUUUUACAGCAUAAUGUGGAAGCCAGUGGCAUAGAUGAGCCACUGGAAACAGAUGUGACUGGAGCACCUAAGAACGAUUUCCAUGACGACUCAGAUGAGGACAUUCUGGAGUAAAGCUGAGCAUUAGAAAGAGCUACACUUCCUGUCCUUCAGGCAUUACUGCUGCUGUCUCUUCCUUCUACUAAAGCACAAACCAGCCGUCUGCUUUUUCAAACUUAAUCUACCAGCUAACGUCAUGCACUUCCUGCUUCUCGACCAUUGGGAGGGAACCUUAUUGCUUCUCCACCAAAAGGUGGGGAUUGUAAGGAUGCUAUUCUCAUGAAAGAAGUGUCUUAUCAAUGUACCUCUGAUUAUACUGUUAAAUUCAUCUGAAGCAGUGUGUUGAUGCUCAUUGACCCCACCCAUGGGCCUGACUUUACUUUGCUUAAAUGAGUUCACAUUUACUAUAUAGUGUGCUGUUCAAAAUUGUUCAUAACAUUUUUUGGGGGGGGGGGGCAUGCACAUCAAUGUCUCAAUUAUUUUCUUUGCCAUUAUGGCCUUUGAGAUUGAUUUCACGGAUCAAAUUUAUGUUUUAUGUGACUGUCAAUUGGGUACUUGUUAUUUACUUGUUUACUUUUUAUGUACAAACUCUCUUACAUCAGAUGAGCUAUACAUACAGGUCAUUCCCACAGCGAUGUCAGAAUUUGAAAUGGUUUAGUUCUGCAGAAGAGGUUGUUCUAUCAAUAGCAUCAGGACACAAUGCAAAUUUAUCAUAUCACAUUUACAUGUCAUUCAAGCAUAUAAACUCCUGUGAGUCUCAGAGAUGUGUGAUUUGAAAUACUGUGCUACUGAUUACUAGCUGUGUUCAUUACAUGUUUAUUACUAUCAUAUUAGUAAGGUCUGCUGAUCAAACAUUAGAACAAUGCUCACUUUCCUGUAAGCCAUCAGGUGCUUUAAUUAAUAUAGCAAUAAUAUGGAGAGAAACAGCUAAUUGCAUGCAUAUAUGUUAAGAUUUGGCUUCACAACAAAGGGAGAAUAUUAUAAUUUAAGAUUUUUGAACAUAAUUUACCUGAAACUGUGUAGAAAUAUUGUAUUUUAGGCUGUUGACUUAUUUAGGGAAAUAACUGUAGAAUGUGGAGAUAAUUUUUACAUUGUACUCCUUGUGGUAGUUUUGUAAAUAAGCUAUACAAUUUGAAGUGAUUUAAUACAUGAGGUGAAUUAAAAUUUUAUAAAAAAUCAUAUUUUUAUUAACAUCAUGAAAGCAAUGACGCAGAUGCAUGUAAAACAGAAUACAGUUGUACUUUGUGUACAAUUUUGCACAUUUUUCCCAAGUUUUGUAGUUCACAGAACGGUUCUCUUAGCUAGCAACAUUUUCAUGUUUCUGAUUUCUUGUUUUGAAAAAAGAAAGUCACAUGUUAUCAAGCAGAGGUGUGAAAUGUAUCACCAUUUGCACAGAGACUCUGACCAUGUGUCAAAACCUGACCAUGCGUUUGUGUAGCCAAACCAUUAGUUGCAAUAAUUUUGCAUGUAAUUUUCAUUUGUGUGCAGCAAACUUCAGCCGAGAACAGAUGCAGUGGCCUAAACUCUUUGAUCAUAUAAUUUAAUUUUGAAUAUUCAUAUGCAAUAGAAGGACUUAGCAACUUUCAGUUGGUCAUUUCUGUUUGGACAGAUGUUUCAAUUCUGAUGUAGUGCAUGUUUUCUAGGAAGUGUGUAUUAAAUAUCAGCUCCACAGUGAAAUAGGUUUACUUUGGAGUCAAUUUUUGGCUAUUUUUCAAAAUCUCUAGUAAUAGUUUUAGUUACACACACCUAAUCAAAAAUCUUUUAUUUUCUCUGAGAACGACAAUCUCAUUCGCAAAGACUCAGAUUAUGCAUUAUAAAGUGUUUUUAGUUUUACUUUGUGUACAAAAUGUAAAACUAGUGUACAUUUUGAUUCAAGUGCCUAGCAUGGAGGCAGUUUGUGCCUUCCAAUGAAAUGUCAAGCUCAUCUUCUAUAAUUCAAAGUCAAGAUCUCAUUUCUGAAAGAAUUACCAGUGUUGGUAACAUGAGCUUGGACAAACAGUUCAUCUGUCAGUUGGUAAUAUAUCAGAAGUAACAAAACAUGCCUGUAAUUGAGAUUUAGGCAAUAUUACCUUUACUUAAUACACAUGCUAAAUUUCAGAUAAAUUAAGUUUCAUUUUGUUUGGUUUGCUCUCCAUGCUUUGGGUAGUACUAGUAAUCAUGUUCGCAAUGCAACUGAAGUGUAGAGCAAAACAAUUUCAUUUGUGACAGCAUUUUUAUUUAUGAGAGGUGUAAAAUUUUUCUUGUUGUGCAAAAUCAGUGUACUUAGUAGUUGUGAAGCUCAGUACAUAUACAGCUACUCCAACUUUGUAUCUGUUAUUUUUUACUCUGUAUAUUUGUAACGGAACUGUUUGUUUGAGAAAUAAAUUGAUUUGUCCCACUGA